AUGGAUGGCACGAUGCCUUCGCCGCCGCCGGUGCCUUUCCGGGCACCGUCGAGGGCAACAUCUCACCAUCGAAGAAACUCGUCCAUGGGCGACAUUUCCUCGUCCCCGUUUGAACCCUUCUCUCCAGUCGUUGAUGAUCUCGACGUGGGCUCCGACAAUGUGGAGGAAGAACCCUUUUCAGCAUUCGAUCCGCGCCGGUUCACUCCGACACUUCAUGCAAAUCUAGUAUCCGAGAUUCUGUCCCUGAGGAGAGAGCUUGAGGGUAAGAACAAGGAAAUUGCGAAAUUGGAAACGAGUCUUGAUGAGUCCCAGAAUGAGAAUGAGAUGAUGAAUGAGAAUAUAACCAAGGUCACCAAGGAGAACCGCUCCCUGAAAAAGCAGAUGCAGCUACUCGAAGGAGGUACUUUGUCAGCAAUCACCGAGAUAGCCAAGGAGCGGGAUGACGCCGUCGAAAAUAUUACAGAUGUCCGGAAACGACUGGAACAAGCCCAGAAGAAACUCAAGUCCAAGGAAGAAGAAGUGGACAGAUCCCAAUCGCUUUGGGAACGAGAUAGGGAGAAUUGGGAUACAGAAAGGAGAAAUUGGGAACGAAAGGUGCACGUCGUGGAGAACAGACUCAAGACCAUUCUGAACGAAGUCGCUGCGGCACAGGCUGCAGGUAAUUUCCAGAAAUUGAAUGACCCUGAUGAAGACACUACGAAGGAUAAUAGUACGACACUAGAUAGUGCUAGCGUUCGAUCGAGCAGCGCUUUUGAUAGACGCCGAACGAGUGCAAGUAGCGCUAGCACUUAUGAUGGGGAGCCCUUGAACAGUGGUCGAUUCUCUUCGAUGAGUUUCGCCAACGCGAACGGAGUUAAGGGAGAGGGGUUCAACUUGGCGGAUGAACUCGCGCUGGAUGAAGACGAGGAGGAUUAUAUGGAUCUCAUAGAAGAGAUCCCGGGGAUGCGCCCUCUUUCGGUGGCGUCACAGUCUUCCCUGAACGCGGCUCUCAAGGCCCGGAAGAUCCUAGGCUUGUCUAUGGAUGAAAGUGUGACUAUGGGCAUGAAAGAGUUGAUCAAUUUAGAUGGCUCUGCACCUACGACCAACGAGCCAGAAGUCAAACGAGAGUAUCGCGAUAUUGGCACCCAAUAUACACCACCCGCGUCCCCUCAGCUACCUCCAAGUGAUCUUGCAGCUGUCGAAGAUCCAAACUCAAAGUCUGAAAUCAUCGAGACUGUGGUUCCUGAAAUGAAGGAUAUUGCCGUCGAGACAUUUUCCGCUGAGAUGUUAUCCACGUCGUGCCAGACCGAUGAUGUUAUAAUUUCUAUACCGGCUUCUGAGCCUGACGUUGAUGCAGAAGUAUCUGCAGAACCCGCCAAGAUACCCACUGUUUCUGUUUGCACACAAACUGAUAUGAUAUUCGAGGAAGAUGAAUCGAAGAGAAGCUUGAAAGUGGAAAAUCAGCAACCGUCACCUCAAACCACUCCAACAGUGCCAACGAUUGCUAUUAUUCCUCCCGGAUCCGAGCCAGCAACACCACGCACCAGCCUCGUUUUGCCUCCCCACACAAAAAGCAUUGCAUGCCAAACAGAGUAUGAGCAGUCAUAUGAUAUGCGAUCUGUCGGUAUGCAAACGGAGGCAAUCCAAGUCGAUCAGCGGCCAGUCAAGCUACCCGCAAGCCUCCUCCCGUCAGCAAUCUUUGACAAAACGGAUAAGGUCGACUCGGAAUCUAUAUCACUACCAUUCAUGUCACCUCCUCCACGGUCUCCCCGCCGACCACUUAAUAAAACGUUCGACUCCAAAGACAAGGACAAGAAAGCCAAAAACUUGCCAGACCUUGUUCAAGCUUAUCCAGGAAACAACGACAAUGGACCCUUGGCAGAAGAUGAUACAUCUGAUAUACGCAGACCUUUGCGGUCAAGCAGUCUCUUUGCUGGAUUCGACGACACGAAUGAUGAUGAAUCACUGGAAGUUCCCGCCGAACUUCCUGAUGUCUUUAGCGACGAUGAAAUAUUUAAUCGCCCAAUGGCUUCCUAUACACUGCGUUCUGGUAGGAUGGUCAACCGGUCGCGCUUAAGUAGUGAUACCCUCCGGGAAGAGGAUGAAUUCGAUAUUGAUUUGCCUUCCAAUCUGCACACCGGAGACAGUCUGGGACGAAAGACACUUAGUUCAAAGAGCUCAACUGGAUCGAAGCAAUCUGACAUACGUCGAUCGGCAUUGAUUACCAGCGGUGCUGUUGCACACCAAAGAAACCGACCUCGUAGCCCAAGCGACCCCAGCAUCGACAGUGCAUCUACCGGUGCUGCACGACCUCCGUUCCCCGUACCAGUCCGACUUAGCUCAAGGAAUGUGCAAACGACGCGCAGCGAAAGUAACCAGAGCCCCACGCCUUACAGUGAUGGGAACAGUUCUACAGGACGGAGAUCGCGACGUAUUACGAGACAGCCUACACUUCGCAAAGUCAGGUCAGCAACUGCCAUGCAGAAAAACCAGCAAGAGCGCGCUGGCAGUCGCUCGCCUCCUCCUAUGUCUGCUUCAGGGAUGUCGAACUCUUCUUAUGCUCCGGAUAGUCCUCAGUUGCCACCUCUUCCACCUAUGCCCACAGAUGAGCCUGUCAUCUACCGCCCGAAGAGGACCGCACGCAGAAUUCCAUCUAGUCGUCCUGGUUCAAUUCGGUCCCAGGCUCAGUCGUACAGUGUCGAAGAGCCUUCCUCGGAUCACGUUCAGUCUACUAACGUUGUCGACGCCAUAGCGCAGACCAUGGUUGGCGAAUGGAUGUUCAAGUACGUUCGUCGACGCAAGUCAUUCGGCAUGUCCGAUAAUAAAGACACGAUUGAUCCAACAAAGAGCACAGAAGAGGUUUCCGCAAGUAUCACAAGCACUGGAGUUCGACAUAAGAGGUGGGUGUGGUUAGCUCCUUACGAGCGCGCUGUAAUGUGGAGCAGUAAGCAACCGACCAGCGGUCCUGCGCUUCUGGGCAAGAAUGGACGAAAGCUUAUUAUUCAAUCUGUGCUUGACGUCAAAGAUGAUACACCAUUGCCGAAAGGUUCAAAUGUCCAAGCUCCUUUCAACCGAUCAAUCCUUAUUCUUACUCCUCAGCGUGCCCUGAAAUUCACGGCAAUGUCAUUAGAUCGCCAUUAUGUAUGGUUAACGGCACUGUCGUUUUUGAGUCAUACUUCUAUUGGUAUGGGUGAACUGCCCUCUAUACCACCACCGAUUCCGCAGGAAGAGUACGCUGCUCGACCACCAACAGCCAGUCUACGUCGUAACCCUAUUCGAGAUUCGAUCAGAGUCGCGAAGGGGAAACCUCGCCCGCAACCUAGCAAACGAUCUUUUACGGAUAAUUCACAUAAUUCUGAAUAUACCGGUACCGGUUUUGACCUUGAACCGAUCAUGGAUGCAGCAGAUCCUCCCACAGUUCCUAGAUACGCAGGUCAUACACGGAAGCGCAGCAAUACUGCACCCAAGGCUCCAUUGUCGGCUCCCUUGACAUCUGCAUUCCGCAGCUUCUCUAGCCACGCCACCUUACCAUCUAAUUAUAGCGCCAUUACAGCGGCCUCAUCUGAUAUCUACGCAUCGUCAUCUAUCGGCGCCCCUUCCGGGUUGAUGAGCGGAAGGAGCAGCGUCAGUCGUCGUACAUCUGAAGCCAGUGGACCAACAUCCAGUAUUGUGAACGGAGGCUUCUUUGAUCCUAUGGGAACGGUGCGGAUGGAAGCAUUCAUCGAACGUGUGGACAAUCCUCGAUCCCGAGUCACGAACCAUAUGAGCCACAGUCAGCGCAAUCGAGCAUAUCGCAAACGCGAUAAUGUUCAGUGGAAUACGGGAAAUGACUUUGACUUGCCCCGCUCUGAAGAUGGAAGUGAAAUCUACUAUCGGAAUGAUGAAUUAUUCCGAGGAUUUUGA